UACAUCCGGGUAGAAAGAACGAGCUGAAGGAAAAAGCUAACUUCCUUGAGCUACAGUUUCGUAAACUAUCCUAAUUUUUCACACAAUGUCUAAACUACAUGUGUUCAGGGAUUUUAUCAUUCAGCGAUUAACAACGGCAACUUUGGAGAUAAUUGCGACCGCUGAAAAAUCAUUUGCAGAGUUAGAAGAGGAGAUUUAUCGUUCAAAGGAGGAGAGCGCACGUCUGCAACGGUUGUUGGACAUUGUUACUCAACCUGAGAUCAAGCUUCACCGAACAGAUGUGCAGCAGUUCUCUCUCCCGGAGCCCCCACAGAUUAUAAAGGAACAGGAGCUGUGGACCAGUCAGGAGAAAGAGCAGCUCCAAGGACUGCAGUCUGAAACUACACACUCCAUGUUCACUUCUACCAGUGUGAAACACGACUGGGAUCAGGAAGGCUUUUCUGAAUGUUCACAUCUCGACAAAACUGUUAAAGUGGAGAACAGAGAAGGAGACUCUCUACCCACCAACACUACUGAGGAGCAAAUCAAAACAGAGCCUCAUGUACAAGACUAUGCAGCACCAGAACUGGACAGUGACUCUCAGCCCUUCUCUGUUGUAGCUCCAGACUGUCCUACAGCUCAGGAGGAAGAGGAACAUAGAGUGCUGCUUUUCCAGAACAGAACACAAAACAAUGUGCAGCAGCUCUCUCUCCCGGAGACCCCACAGAUUAAAGAGGAACAGGAGCUGUGGACCAGUCAGGAGAAAGAGCAGCUCCAAGGACUGCAGUCUGAAACUACACACUCCAUGUUCACUUCUACCAGUGUGAAACAUGACUGGAAUCAUGAGGACUUUUCUGAAUGUUCACAUCUCGACAAAACUGUUAAAGUGGAGAACAGAGAAGGAGACUCUCUACCCACCAACACUACUGAGGAGCAAAUCAAAACAGAGCCUCAUGUACAAGACUAUGCAGCACCAGAACUGGACAGUGACUCUCAGCCCUUCUCUGUUGUAGCUCCAGACUGUCCUACAGCUCAGAAGGAAGAGGAACAUAGAGUGCUGCUUUUCCAGAACAGAACACAAAACAGUGAGGCUCUGCCAAGGGAAAAUAUGCCACAGAGACGUCACACAGGAGAAACAAUACAUCAGUGUCAAAAAAGUAACAAGCAGUUUGCUCAGAAGUGUAAUAUGGUUGGACAAAUGAAGACACACACAGGAGACAAACCGUACCAAUGUCAGAAGUGUAACAAACUAUUUGCUCAAAGUGGUUAUCUGUUUAAACACAUGAGGACACACACAGGAGACAAACCAUAUCAGUGUCAGGAAUGUAACAAACUGUUUGAUCGGAAGUGCAAUCUGGUUGGACACAUGAGGAUACACACAGGAGAGAAACCAUAUCAGUGUCAGGAAUGUAACAAAAUAUUUCGUAUGAAGUCACAUUUGGUUGUGCACAUGAGGACACACACAGGAGAGAAACCUUAUCAGUGUGAGGAAUGUAACAAAUUAUUUUCUCAAAGUAGCAAUCUGGUUGAACACGUGAGGAGACACAGGAGAGAAACCACAGUCUUUCCCCUACCAUCGUUUUGGAGGGGCGGCUCGCCCCCACAAAACGACCUCCCGCCCCCCUAAAAGUAUGACAAAAUGUAUAUGCUAUAUAUUCCAAAAAACUAAAAAAAUUGAUGUGCGAAAUAAAGCUGUUUUCACACAUUCAAUUCAAUUCGCUUCUUGCGCGUUGCCUCAAUUGUUGCGACUAAAGGUUGCUCGUCCACAAAUGCUCUAAUAAACGUAUAGAAUCGGGUUUGCUUCUCCUGCUAGGAUGCCUGUUCACGCUGCCAGGUAUCUCACACUGCCUUGCAGGGCCUGUCACAUGACUUCCAUUGAAAAUGAAUGGGAAGCAAAAUGUAGGUCUUCCAUCCCCCCUAAAACAAAUCCUAGGGGAACCGUAUUAGUCAACAAUGUAACAGAUAUUUUACGUUUACAGUGGCCUAUACGAAGCAAGUACAAUAUACCUGGGAUAUCUUUUAGUUACCUGGCUUCACCAAGCCUAACUUACAGGGUUUUUCCUGGCUCAGAAUGGGCCUUUGAUGGGUGACUACGCAAAACAGAAAGCAUGAUCUGUCUGCGUACAGUAAAGGCAAGGAGUUACCUUAUGGCAAAAAUCUAGGUGUUUUCUUAUUUUCGACCAUUUGAUUAACAAACAUGUAUAUCUUGUUUAAAUAAAUGAAACCCCAUUAACAAAACUGGUUCAAAAAAAUAAUUUUAUUACAUUGGAAAGGGGGGAGGGGAGUGAGUUUGAGGCUGCUGGAUGUCUUUGUCUGCCGUGCUCAACUGCAUGGAUAGGAAAAAUGAGGGAUGUAGCAUCUACAACUCAGACCUCACUGUCACAAGGAGGCGUCACGCUCAGAUCACCCGUUGUGAACGUGUUUACAAAACAGAUGUCAUCUACAGUUACCAAUAAAGUGUGUCCUGUUGAUGAGGCGUUUCUUUGUGAACGUCUCCAUGGUGAUGGUCAUCAGUUCAGGGAAGGUGU